GAAGGAUCUUGGAAAGCCUCAGCAACAGGGUUGGGAUAAGUGCUUGGUACUACGCCUGCGCGGCUCUGGUCAUUUGCCAUUGGCUGAAGGGAUGAGUCGAAGGGCGGGGCUUGGGGCAAGUUAGGUGGCUUCACUGUAAGACCUGGGGCAGUCGGCUGAGCCUCGUGCAGUGCUUCACCUCGUGCGCUGCAGGCGAGUGUUCCAGGCUGGUCAUCCAGAGGGAAGCGAGGCGGUAGCAGUUCUGUUCCAGACCCUGAGAAGCAAGGCUUUGCUGACCGUGAGCGUGACCGUGACCGUGAGCUGGAUCCCAGGUUGCUGUUGGUGCCUGCAGUUCCCCUGAUCCUGUCUUCCUGAUGCCGCCCAAGGUCGCCCACAAGAUCCAGCCCCGGCCAGGAUCCCAAUCCCAAAGGGACCUGACCCAGGUGGGGAGCUCAGAGAUCCAGCCCCAGCCCCAGGCCCAGCCCCAGGCGCAUGACCCUGAAGUCCCAACCCUGCCUAGCGCCCCGGGGGUCCAAGCUCUGUCCCAGCCCAAGGUGGGAGGAAUCCCUGAGUUGGAGCCCCAGCCCGAGACCUCCUCUGAGAUGGAGCCCCAGGCAGGUCCCUCCUCCAAAGCGCCCCAGUUGGAGGAGGUGCCCCACUUUGAAGAGGUGCCCCAAUUUGAGGAGGAGGAAGAGGAGCCCCGGCCAGAGGCCGAAGCCGUCACUGCCCAGAUCCUGAGUGAGCUGGAGGCGGAGGCGGGCACCCCGAAGCCCCCGUUCCAGGUGGGCGAUCAGGUGCUGUGCCUGCACGGCUCACUGCUGUACGAGGCCAAGUGUUUGCGUGUGGCAGAGGCAGCUUGCGGCACUGAGGCCGAGGCCGAGGCGGGUCCCCUUACCUACCUCAUCCACUACACGGGCUGGAAUAAGAACUGGGACGAGUGGGUGUCCGCCUGCCGCGUCUUCCAGUACUCAGACGCCAACCUGGCCCGGCAGAGCGAGCUGCUGGUGGCCCACCAGGCGCGCCUGCCGCCCCGCAAGAAGAGGCGCGGGGCCCUGCGUGCCCGUAAGACCCCUGGCCUGCCGGUGGAUCGGGUGGCCCUUCCAGCCCCUCGCCGGAAGAGGAGCCGCGGCGGGCAGCCGAGCGCCCAGGCCCAAGAGGCGGCUACCUUCCGCGAGGAAGUCAGGGUAGAGAUCCCCGAGUUGCUGAAGCCUUGGCUGGUGGACGAUUGGGACCUGGUCACCAAGCAGAACCAGCUCUUCUACCUCCCGGCUGCGAAGACUGUCGAGUCCAUCCUGGAGGACUAUGCCCAGGCCAAGGCGGCUCCCGGCGUGCCCGAGGAGACGGCCUUCGCUGUGGUGGAGGUGGUGGCCGGCAUCAAGGAGUACUUCAAUGUGAUGCUGGGCACCCAGCUGCUGUACAAGUUCGAGCGGCCGCAGUACGCGCAGGUGCUGGCCGAGCACCCCGGAGUGUGCAUGUCGCAGAUCUAUGGCGCGCCACAUCUGCUCCGUCUCUUUGUGCGCAUCGGGGCCAUGCUGGCCUACACUCCGCUCGAUGACCAGAGCCUGGCCCUGCUCCUUGGUCACUUGCACGAUUUCGUGGCCUAUCUGGCCGAGAAUUGUGCUGCCCUGUUCAGUGCCAGUGACUACGGGGCCGCGCCCCCCGAGUACCAUGACAGAGUCGGCUGAGAGCCCCUGUGCCAGGGGGAGCUCAAUGGACUUUGUGCGCUCCGGGACCGCUCACCCCGCAGCAACGAGCGGGGCUUGGCACAAAGUAUAAUCCAUGUUGGGUGUUUGGGAUGGCGGCUACAAAGGGUUGGGUUUGUGACUAAAAACUCCUGGGAGUGGGAGGCAGGAGGUUGGGGGAAGGGCCAGAGGAAAAGGGUGGGGCUGGAGGCUGGAGGCGGGAGGAGGAGGAGGUACUGGGAGGUGGGGCGGGUUUAGCCUCAAUUCCUAGAACCUCGGGAAUAAUGGUCCCUGGCAAGGACCUGGCGGGUGGGAUGUUUCCUUUUAAGUCGACUUGGCUGUUUCUUAGGGGUCCAAUUCUUAAAGAUUAAGCGCCCCGGGAGGGAAAAGGGAGGUUCUGGGGGAGUCGGGGCGGGACGUUUUAGCCUCAAUUCUUUGAAUGGUCCUAGACCGGGACUUGGCGGCUGGGAUGCUUCCUUAUAAGUCGACUUGGCUGUUUGAAUUCUUGGGAUUCCAAUUCUUUAGGACUAAGCUUCUGGGGGCAGGGAAGAGGGAGAGGCACAGGCGCGGGAGGUGGGGGGGCUCUGUUUAAACUCAGUUCUCCUUUGAAUGUCUUUAAUAAUGGUUCUAGAUGGGGAGUUGGAGGGUGGGAUUGAGCAAAUGACUAUUUGCAUUCUUGUGGUUGCAGUUCUUCAAGACUAAGCACUUAUAGAUCUUCUGUAUGUGACAUGUGUAUAGAUGUAUGUAUAUAGAUCUUCAUGAUGUGACAAGGUGGUACUCUAGACUGCCGGUGCGUUAAGGUUAAAGAUUUUCAUUUGUGUUUAUUGAAAUUUUUUUGGUGCAGAAAUAAAUAUCCUCUCUGAAACUGGGCUGUUGUUCACAUUUUCACUUUGCCCAGAUGAUUAAAGAAUGAACAUUCAUGUUUAUUGUUCCUUUAUUUUGAUUGAAAUGCUCUUUCUAACAAGAUAAAAAUUCAUUAUUGUAUAUCUAUAGUAUAGUAUAGUAUUUUAGGAAAGUUGAUAAUUUUAGGAAUUGUUUUAUAAG